GUGGCCAUCUUUUACGAAGAGCGGCCGUGAUGGAAGAUACACUUGAUGUUGAGUUGGCAGUUUGGCUGCAGGCUUAAACUACAACUCCCGUUACGUCUGCUUGCUAUUUUCUGAUUUACCGUCUCCCGCGUUGUGUAAACUAAUUAAUUGUUGUAUGAGCUUAGAGUUAAAGCCUAUGGUUUGCAAACGGUGUGGUUGUGAGCUUAUGCGGUCGCCACGCAGCAGAGUUUACCUGAGUCCACCUUAGCCCGACAGCUAAUACAACCAGUCGGUGGUUAUUUUGUUUGGAAUUUCGCUUUGAUCAGACCUGUUGAACGGACGGAUGAGGCCGCUAUCAUGACUCUGAGGAGAGUAAACGUGAUAAUCCUCGUGCUGUUGGCUGUAGCCUUCUUGAUCAUAGUUCAACGAAACCUCCUCAACUUGAGUGACUUCUUGCACAAGGAACAUCCAGAUGCAGCAGCAGUUCUGCCAUUUGAGUCUGAGCUGUCUCCAGACCUGGGACUAGAGCUGGUGAGGAAAGGGGAGGAGAUACCCGUCCUCAUCACGGCUGCUGAGGAGAGACUCGGUGCUGUGGUUGCUGUCAUGAACAGUGUCUACCAAAACAGCAAAGCCAACGUGGUUUUCACCAUUGUGACCAUGAAUGACACAGUGGAUCACCUAAAAACGUGGCUGAGCAGGACAAAGUUGAAAAAUAUAAAAUUCAAAAUAGUUGUUUUCAACACUAAGAUUUUGAAUGGGAAGGUAUCCAAAGAUCCUCAGACCCUACAGGCUGCAAAACCGUUAACCUUUGCUAGGUUUUAUUUGCCUGCAUACGUGCCUGAUGCAGAGAAAGCCAUCUAUUUGGAUGACGAUAUCAUUGUACAAGGGGACAUUCAGGAGCUUUAUGACACCAGCCUCAAACCAGGACACGCAGCUGCCUUUUCAGAUGACUGCGAUUCAGCAUCUGCCAAGGGCAUUGUUCGAGGGGCUGGGAACCAGAAUAACUAUAUAGGUUUCCUGGACUUCAAAAAGGAGUCCAUCAAGAAGCUGGGGAUGAGGGCUAACACCUGCUCCUUCAACCCUGGCGUCAUCAUCGCCAACUUGACUGAGUGGAGGAACCAAAACAUUACCUGGCAGCUGGAGCACUGGAUGGAGCUCAACACACGGGAGGACCUGUACAGUAAAACACUGGCAGAGAGCAUCACCACCCCCCCACUGCUCAUUGUUUUCUACAAACAUCACUCUACCAUCGACCCCAUGUGGCAUGUUAGACACCUUGGUGUUACUGGUGCCGGAAACCGUAACUCACCACAGUUUAUCAAAGCUGCCAAACUCCUUCACUGGAACGGACACUAUAAGCCUUGGGGGAGAGCGUCCGCCUUCUCUGAUGUUUGGGACAAGUGGUUUGUUCCAGACCCCACAGGAAAAUUUAGUCCUGUGAGAAGACAUGCAGGGGACAACUAAACCUAAAGUGUAUUUCAGGCACCUUUUGACCAGCCCUGUCCCGGCAGGACUACGUCUUGUUACCUCAGGAACUAAAUAAGGCCUUUAGCUUGCCACCCUAUUUGCAUUCUGCCCUGGAGACUGUUGUUCCCUUGAUGACACACAAUUACCUUUAUCCUUAACCCUGUGCAUUGUUGUUGACCUGGUACACAUGGUGGUGUUUGACUAUCAAACCCCCAAUUAAGGUUCUAAUGUUUUAGCAAUGCAAUUGUCUUACUUUAACUCACUGCAAUACUUCCUGUGGAAAAAUGGAUAUUAGCUCUAGAUAACAGUUAAAACCAAGCUCUUUGCAGUCAGGUUAAUUGGCCCCAGAUGUCUAACUAUGCCACAAGUGAACACUAUGUUCUGCCUAAUGGUUAACUGUGUUUCAAUGCUUUUAUGUCAAUUCCAACACAGAUAAUCUUUACACUAAAUUUUCAUACUCUUAUACCUUUGUUAAACCUUUUUUUACAUUUUCCUUGCUGGUGUAAAAGUCAUUUUUGUAAAAUAAAAGCCCAAAUUUUAUCCUUA